AUGGGUCAUCGACGAUAUCUUCCUCUUAAUCACAAAUGGAGAAAUGAUAACGAAUCUUUUGAUGGCACAAGGGAGCGAGGGUUACCACCCAAGCCACUUUCAGGAGAUGAUAUACUUGAUCAAGUGAAAAAUCUUGAAGGGGUCAUAUUAACUAAGGCUCCUCAUAUGAAGAAAGCAAUCUCACAUGAUGGUAGGGGAGACAAUUGGAAUAAAAAGAGUAUAUUCUUUGACCUUCCAUAUUGGAGGACCUUAUUGCUACAUCACAACUUAGAUGUCAUGCACAUUGAAAAGAAUAUAUGCGAUAAUAUACUAGGGACAAUCAUGAACAUAAAGGGAAAAACUAAAGAUGGCAUCAAAACUCGCCUUGACUUGCAAGCAUUAAAUAUAAGGCCAGAGUUACACCCAGUACAACAGAGGAAUAAAGUUGUGAUACCUCCAGCAUUGUACAGUUUAUCUACUUCUGAAAAAUACAGGCUUUGCCAAUUCUUGAAGCAGUUAAAAGUUCCAGAUGGAUUUUCAUCCAAUAUUUCUCUUUGUGUAAACAUGAAAGAGAGUAAAAUCUCAGGAUUAAAGAGUCAUGAUUGUCACGUUCUUCUAUUACAUAUACUUCCUCUUGCAAUACGUGGUUUACUUCCUAAAGUAGUAUAUGAACCACUUGUUGAGCUGUCAUUGUUCUUCACUCAUUUAGGAGCAAAGUCAUUAAAGGUAGAUGUAUUGGAGCAAUUAGAAAAGCAAAUCCCUAUAACUCUUUGCAAGCUAGAAAGGAUCUUUCCACCUUCAUUCUUUGACAUUAUGGUGCAUUUGCCUAUGCAUUUGGCUAAUGAGGCUAAAAUUGGUGGACCAGUACAAUAUCGUUGCAUGUACCCAAUAGAACGAGCAUUAUAUUCAUUUAAGUCAUGUAUUCGUAAUAGAGCUUGUGUAGAGGGUUCAAUUGCAGAGGCAUACAUUGCAAAUGAGUGCAUGACUCUUUGCUCAAGGUACUUGCAUGGCAUUGAGACAAAGUUCAAUCGAAUGGAGCGCAACUAUGAUGGUGGCAGUAAUAAAAAUAAAGGAGGCUUAUCAAUUUUCUCCAAAGUAGGACGAGGAUUAGGUGCUAGUAAAACUCGUGAUCUUGAUACACAGGAGUGGGAGCAAGCUCAUAUUUAUGUUGCGUGGUUGCAUAAAAAUGACUCAAGUCCAAUGAUGGGAGCCCUACUCUCAUUAUCACGCGGUCCUGCUCGAUAUGUGACAUCUUUUUAUGGUUACAUUGUCAAUGGGUAUAGGUUUCAUACUAAAUAUCAUGACCAAGGUUUGAGGACACAAAAUAGUGGAGUUGUUGUAAUUGGAGAUAUUGGUGAUGAAGUUAACAACAUAGAUUACUACGGUGUCUUAACUGAGAUUAUUCAAUUGCAAUAUCUUGGAGGAAGACGUGUGGUGUUAUUUCGUUGUAAUUGGUGGGAUGUUUAUGAUCGAGUGAGGGGGGUUAAGAUUGAUGAAUAUGGGGGGGCACAUCCUCGAGAUUCUUAUGACAUCCCAUUAGAAGAAGACAUUGACCCCGUUGACUUGAAUCAAUUAGGUGAAGCAUAUCAAGCUGAUGAAUCUGUCAAUCUUGAAUCUGGAGAAACAACUACAGCUGAUGCAAAUGACCAAAUUAGUUGGAAGAGGAUGGAUAUAGAGCCACAAAUAAUUGAUAUAUCUUUAACACAGAAGAAAAGAAAACAUGGAUCAUGA